GGCGGCGGCGGCAGGAUGAACAUCGCGGCCGUGUUCAACGCCCUGCUGGUGUCCAUCCUGGCGGCGGUGCUGUGGAAGCAUGUGCGGCUGUGCGAGCACGCGUCCACGCUGGAGGAGGCGCUGGCGCUGGGCCGCGGGGCCGGGGAGGCCUCUCCGGAGGCCGAGUACGAGGCGGCGGUGCGGGCCCUGGAGGAGGAGGGCACGCGCAUGGUGUGCACCGGCCGCACGCACACCGACCGCCUGUGCCGCUUCCAGGCGCUCUGCUACUCCCCCGAGGCCGCCGAGUUCGUCUUCUUCCACGGCAACGCGUCGGUGAUGCUGCCCAGCCUGGGCCCGCGCCGCUUCCAGCCGGCCCUCCUGGACCUGUCCUCGGUGGAGGACCACAGCGCGCAGUACUUCAACUUCGUGGAGCUGCCGGCCGGCGCCGUGCGCGCCCUGCCCCGGCCCCGCUUCGUGCCCGAGGCGGUGCUCAUCGCCAACCGCUUCAACCCCGACAACCUCAUGCACGUCUUCCACGACGACCUCCUGCCCAUGUUCUACACCAUGCGCCAGUUCCCCGGCCUGGGCCCCGACGCCCGGCUGCUCUUCAUGGAGGGCCGCCCGCCGGGGCCGCACUUCGACCUGUACCGGCUGCUGAGCCCGCGGCCGCCGCUCAUGCGCGAGCACCUGGGCGGCCUGGGCCGGCUGCUGUGCUUCUCGCAGGCCUACGUGGGGCUGUCCAAGGCCACCACCUGGUACCAGUACGGCUUCGUGCAGCCGCAGGGCCCCAAGGCCAGCAUCCUGGUGUCCGGCGUCGAGAUCCGCCGCUUCGCCGGCUUCGUGGCCGAGAGGCUGAACGCGACGGCGGGGAAGGGCCCCCCCGGGGGCGGCGAGGGCUACAUCGUGGUGUUCAGCCGCACCGUCAACCGGCUCAUCCUGAACGAGGCCGAGCUGCUGCUGGCCCUGGCCCAGGAGUUCCGCAUGAAGACCGUGACGGUGUCGCUCGAGGACCACUCGUUCGCCGAUGUGGUGCGGCUGGUGGGGGGCGCCUCCAUGCUGGUGAGCGUGCACGGCGCGCAGCUGGUCACGGCGCUCUUCCUGCCCCGCGGUGCCACCGUGGUGGAGCUCUUCCCCUACGCCGUCAACCCCGAGCACUACACGCCCUACAAGACUCUGGCCGGCCUCCCCCACAUGGACCUCCACUACGUGGCGUGGCAGAACACCAAGCAGGAGAACACGGUGACGCACCCCGACCGCCCCUGGGACCAGGGGGGCAUCGCCCACCUGGACCGGGCCGAGCAGGAGCGCAUCCUGAAGAGCCGAGAGGUCCCCCGGCACCUGUGCUGCCGCAACCCCGAGUGGCUCUUCCGCAUCUACCAGGACACCAAGGUGGACGUCCCGUCCCUCCUCCGGGCCAUCCGGGGGGCGGGCAGGGCCAGGCCGAGCCUCGGGGACCCCCAGGCCUACCCGAGCAAGGUGAAGGAGGCCCGCUGCCGGGCCUCGGUCCAGGGGGCCUCCCAGGCCCGGCUGAGCGUGUCGUGGCAGGUGCCGUGGAACCUCAAGUUCCUGAAGGUGAAGGACGUGAAGUACGAGGUGUGGAUCCAGGAGCAGGGCGAGAACGCGUACAUGCCUUACAUCCUCACCCACCAGAACCACACGUUCGCCGACAACAUCAAGCCCUUCACCACCUACCUGGUCUGGAUCCGCUGCAUCUUCGGCCGGAACCUGCUGGGCCCCUUCGCCGACGUGCUGGUGUGUAGCACGUAGCCCCCCACUAGUGCCUCGUGGUCCUCUCUCGCAUUUACCGUGUGUGUUCUUGACUGUGACCGUUCUCGGUGGAGCCCCUCCCGCCCCUCC